AUGGGUGAUGUGUACCGGACCACCAUCUUGUGGGUCCAGAACAUCUUGGAAGAGUCUCCUCCUCUUUUUCUGGCAGCAAUGAAUAUUUAUGAGAAUUAUUUGCCUGAGCACGUUCAGCCACCUGCAAACAGUAACGCACAAGGCCAAUAUCCACCACCACCUUAUCCCGGCACAGGAGGACACCAGAUCCCACCUUAUCCUGGCACUGGACCUUAUUCAACACAGCCACAUCCCAAUGCAGGAUCGAGAACAUACCAACCGUAUUACAUUCCUUCUGCAGGCCCCAGGCUUCCUCCAUCUCAAGUCACCCAGAGUAAUGUCCCACACAGGAAACCUGCAAGUAUCUGUAAUCCACAGAGGAAGACUUACUGUUGUAUCAUUUUCCUCUUCUUGAUUUUAUCUGUGCUGGGAUUUGGAGCUUGGAUCAUUCUUAAGUUUGUGAAGGACAUUCCAACAGCCAGCUUCAGCCCUUCUUGUCCAUCCAGAGUGACCAGGUGUGAUGGAGUCAGUGAGUGUAAAGACAGCAGCGAUGAAACGGGCUGUGUGAGAUUCCAAGGGUCCAGCUCACAACUCGAGGUCUACGGGUGGAAGUCCAAGCAAUGGUUACCCAUUUGUUACACAGCCUGGACCACAUCUUUGGCAGACAAGACAUGUCGACAACUGGGAUUCAGGAGUUCUUUCCAGUCUGGGAAAACAACCAAUGAUCAGUCUUCAAGCCUUGUGGUCAACUCAACAAAAUUGGGAACAAAAAUACAAAGUCUCUUGAGCAGCAGCGCCCGAUGUUCCACCACAGAUACUGUUUCUCUCAAAUGCAUUGACUGUGGCAGGAAGAUCAAGACCUCCACAAGAAUUGUGGGUGGCGUUCCAGUCCAGUUGGGUGAGUGGCCUUGGCAGGUUAGUCUUCAUUACAAGUCACGGCACGUCUGUGGUGGAACCAUCAUCUCACAGGACUGGAUCAUCACUGCAAGCCAUUGCUUCUUUGAAGAUGAUAGCUAUCAGCCGAAGUACUGGAAAAUAUACAGUGGUUUUAUUUCCCAACGGGAACUAUUUAGAGCCACGCAGAGUUCCUUGUCGAGGAUUGUUGUUCACAGCAGAUACAGCUCAGACACCAAUGACAACGACAUUGCUUUAAUGAAGCUCUCAAAUCCACUGAGGUUUACAGAUAAUAUUAGACCUGCCUGUUUGCCAACCUACGAUCAACAAUUUCCUGAAGGGAUGCGCUGUUGGAUUACGGGAUUUGGUCACACACAGGAAGGGGCACUUUUGACCUCCAACAUCCUCCUAGAAGCUUCAGUCAACAUAAUCGGCACUAGAACCUGCAACCGGAGAGACUUUUACAACGGAGCAAUAACAGACCGCAUGGUCUGUGCUGGCAAGAUCUCUGGGGGAGUCGAUUCUUGUCAGGGUGAUAGUGGUGGGCCUCUUGUCUGUGAAGUGUCUGGUACCUGGUACCUGGCAGGAGUUACGAGUUGGGGGAUUGGCUGCGCUCGGAUGAACAAGCCAGGAGUUUAUGCCCGGGUGACACAACUCACCAACUGGAUCUUCACACAGAUGGAGGCCAACAGCAACUAAUGAAAAGAAUGGGCUUUCACCGCACAUUGGGUGUGUUCGAGGUUGUUGCCUCUGAUUUAUGCUGCUUUUCCAAAAGACUGUUUCUAGGGAGAUUGGAUUUCUCCCAGAGCUCAUUAAUGUACUGUAUACGUUUAGUCAAAAAGAGAGACAGUUUGAUUCAUUAUUCAACGGGUGAUACAGCCUCAACUUGGUCUAAGAUAACCAAACCUUGCCUGACCAUGACCAUUACCUUACGCUAUGUGAGUUUAAGAAUUUCCCCAGAUCCUCAUGGUUUCUGAGGAUUAAACUCUCAAAGAUCCUGCACAUGCACUGGGUCCACGUUAAUUUAAGAUUAUAAUUUAAGAAUUUCUGCUUUGGGCUCAAUCCAGUGGCAAUUUGCACCCGAAAUUGCACCUGGUUUGCAAAAUAUAUAUUCUCAGGUUUCUGCU